GCACAUUAGCAACGAUGGUAGUCUUGAUGAAGAAAUUAAGUGCAGAAACAACCAGGGAAGACAAGAAAUUAGACAACUCAACAGUAUUUUAUGGGAUAAGGCAGUAUCAAAACAAAACAAACACAAAAUUUAUAACAGCAUAAUUAAAAGCAUCAUCGUUAUGGUAGUGAAGCGCGCGUCUGUGAAAUUGAAUCUGGAUAGAGUAAGAAAUGAAAGAAUUCAGAACAUCAUGGGCGUUAAACACAGAAUAAUGGAAGACAUCAAAAUUAACCAACUCAGGUGGUACGGGCACGUUCAAAGAAUGGAAGACAGCAGAAUCCCAAAGAAAAUACUCAAUUGGACACAGGACAAAAGAAAGAGAGGGAGGCCUAGACGGAGUUGGAGAGAAGGAAUAGACGGGGACAUCAGAACAAGAGGAAUAGACGAAAACCUCUGGACAGAAACCAAAGGAGACUGGAUACCAGAAGACGACGAAGAACGUUAUGAACUGAUUU